ACAUUUGGGCAUAAUAUUGUGGAUAAAAUAAUUGAUUUCAUAUUCUAUGAUAUAGUUGCAGAAUCUAAAUGGGAUGGAUGUCCAGCACAGUCUACUAAAUUCAGAAAUGCCACCCAAAAUAUAACUAGGUAUCCAGAUUUUUAUGCUUAUGGGGAAAACUAUGGGUAUUUCUUUAAUCAUGAAUAUUUAUUUCUAGAGAUCAGUAAUGAUAAUAUUGUGUUUAUAUCAAUUCAUUUUCAUGAGUUAAAAAUGGAUAUUAAUAUAAUGGAUUGUAAAAUGCAAACAUUUUACAUAAUAAACCCAUUUCAACAAAUUGAUCUCCCGCUUCAUCAUUUAGAUCAAAAAGAAUCAAUAGAUUCUUUGGUUUCUUUAUGUCAAUCAUUACUUAUAUUAAAUCAUUUAAUAAAGGAAAAUACCAUCAACAUUGGUAAAUUAAACCAAGAAAUAAAUGCAACAAUAUCCACACCAACUAAUCAACCAAUCAUGACUUUAGAACCUGGUUCUGGUGGAAGAAAUUAA